AUGUCUUCCGAAUCUGAAGGCGUUGUCGUCCAAAAGCCAUCAAAUAAUAGUUCGUUAACAAAUUCAUUAACAAACUCAACCAAUACCAACAGACAAGAAAUAUUGCGAAAAAAGUUUUGUAAAGACUACAAUUUACCCAUCUCCAUCAUCACAAGUCCAUAUUUUGAAUAUUAUUUGGAUUUGUAUGAUGAUUAUUUGGGAUGUAGAAAACAGUGGAAUACCAUGUUACAGAUUGUGGACAAACAAUUCCGAUCCUCCGAAGGAUUGUUUUCUUUAGUUACCAAUGAAAGUGUGAAUCGUAUUUUGAACAUCAUCGAAAACUCGGAUGUUUAUGUGAAUCAUUUCAAUUCUUCCAAAGUGAAACCAGAAGAACUUUGGAUUGAGAAUUAUAAACGUUAUUAUCCCAUGGCCAUUGAGUCUGUAGAUCAUUUGGAAAAGUUUUUCCCAAAUUUGACCAACGUUCAACAAGAGGUUUACACUGGAAAUUAUGAUGGAUUUUCAUUUGUUUCAGUUGAUAUGACAAGCGCUAAUUUUAAUAUUAUGAAAUUUGUGGAUACACAAUUGACUCUCAAUUGUAAGACUUACAAGGAAUUGAUUCGUGUUGGAUUAAAAUCAAAAUUAGAAGAUCCAAAUAACAAUUACAAGACCAUGCACAAGUUGGAUACUGAUGCUUUAUUGCAAGAUGUUCAAAACGAUGACAGUCCAUUCUUUAAAUAUAUUGUUGAAGCUAAAUACUUGAGACAAGUGUUGUUUGGAAAGUUAUCACCAAAGCGACAACAAGUCAUUCAGAAAUGUGUUAUGAGAAGUUUGAUCAAAUUAUUGAUUGAGAAAGCUGAACAAUGUGACAAUCCAAUUAUCAAAAAGUAUCUAAUUACCGAUCGAUUUAGUGCGUGCACUGCUGAUGAAAUCGUCGUUCGAGUGACCGAUACCAAGAGAGAUAGGAGUUAUGAAGAACUUUCUAAACAAGAUCAACUUUUACACACCAAUAUUCUCAUGAAAUUUAUUAGAGAUACUAUUAACAGUGAGCCAUAUUUGCAACAAAUUACUUUCCGUGUGGAAGGUUUUACUCUCAAACAAAUUAAGAGUCCAAAGUUGGGAGACAAAGCUGUUGGUUUUGUUAAGGAAUACAUUACCGAUGCAAUUCUUGGAGAAAAGAGCAACAGUGAACACAGAGGUUUGCUCAACGUUGAAUUUAAAGGUGUCACUAAUUAUUUGUUCCCUCAAGUUUUCAAAAAUUACUUUGGAAAAGAAAUUGAAGAGAAUGAUCGAAAAAUCUUACUCGAUGGUCAAUUCAUUGCAACUCUCGAUGACACCAUUUUCUAA